AAUAGAAAACAUACGCAGCUGAACCUCAGUGCCGCGAAAGUGCUCUUGCCGUCACACUGCUCCGCCCAGCUGCAGUCAGCUGACUGAACCAAACAGGAGCGCUCUCUCUCUCCAACAGGAAGCACCAUAUUUAUUAAUACUCGGAUGAAACCAUGAAGAAGAACAAAAGCAAAGCGAACACUGCUGCUGAGAAGGAGUUUGUGUUUGAGUUCAAGGCAGGGAAACACAACUGUGUCCUCAAGGUGCCUCUGCAGUUUCCUGUUCAAGAGAACAUCAGUGACCUUCAUGGACGCCUGAUGCUGCUACACAAAAUACCCUGCUACAUAGAAAAUGAGCUAAAAACCUCGCUUUCCGCCUUCAUCGAGAGGGAGACCAUCCUGGAUUAUGACAGAGAGGCAGAGCUGGCCCUGCAGAGGCUCACAGCAGGAGAUGUAGAUGUGAACCAGCUCACCAACGCGUGGACGAGGUCUUAUGUGGAGACUACACUGGAGCAUGCUCGGCCUGAAGAGCCAAGCUGGGAUGAAGACUUUGCCGAUGUUUACCAUGAGCUGAUCCACUCCCCUGCCUCAGAUACACUUCUCAACCUGGAGCACAACUACUUUGUUAGCAUCUCUGAGCUCAUCAGCGAGAGAGACAUGGAGAUCAAGAAGCUGCAGGAGAGGCAGGCUGCUGAAAUGGACAAAGUGAUGCACGAGCUGGGGAAUACUUUGAGCGACCAGGAUGUAAAUGCAGUCGCCUCUCAGCACUUUGAUGCACAGCAGGUGUUGGAAAACAAAUGGGCCAGUGAGCUGAAGCAGGUUACUGGCAUUCAGAAGCAAGAGUAUCAGGAGUGGGUCAUCAAACUGCACCAGGACCUGCAGAAAUCCACCAACAGCAGCCAAAUUAAUGAGGAGAUUAAGGUGCAGCCCAGCCAGCUGUCAGAACUUGCAGAUUCUGGGGCCAGGAUGUUUGAGGAGCAGCCUCAGCUGGAGGAGAGUUUCACCAUACACUUAGGAGCACAACUGAAGACAAUGCACAACCUGCGGCUGGUCCGGGCAGAUGUGCUAGACUUCUGUAAGCACCGGCGGCACGGCAGUGGCGGAGCAAAACUAAGGCGGCUACAGACGGCCCUUUCACUCUACUCCUCCUCGCUCUGUGGUCUGGUGUUGUUGGUCGACAACAGGGUCAACUCCUACAGUGGCAUCAAGAGAGACUUUGCAACUGUGGCGAAGGAGUGUACAGACUUCCACUUUAACUGCCUGGAGGGGCAGCUGGAGGAGGUGCAGCAGGUGGUGCUCUAUGCCAGAGCCCAGCGGAGCAGCAAGCAGAAAGAACAACCUGAGAUUCCAAGGAAUGGAGGUGAUGACAAGAGCAAAAAUGUUGAAAGAAAUCCAUCUAACAUUUUGCCAGGUGAGUUUUACAUCUCACGGCACUCCAACCUCUCGGAGGUGCAUGUUGUCUUUCACCUGUGUGUGGACGACAACGUGCGUUCAGGGAACAUCACGGCCCGGGACCCUGCCAUCAUGGGUUUGAGAAACAUCCUGAAGGUCUGCUGCACACAUGAUAUAACCACAGUCACCGUACCUCUGCUGCUGGUCCACGACAUGUCAGAGGAGAUGACCAUACCGUGGUGUCUUAAAAGAGCUGAGCUGGUUUUCAAAUGUGUCAAAGGCUUCAUGAUGGAGAUGGCCUCGUGGGAUGGAGGUAUAUCACGCACAGUCCAGUUUCUUGUGCCAAAGAGCAUCUCGGAGGAAAUGUUCUACCAGUUGAGCAACAUGCUGCCUCAGAUCUUCCGUGUCUCCUCCACCCUCACCCUCACCUCAAAGCACUGAUGGAUACCACAUUACAUCCUUACGACUUAACAGGGACACACUUAUUUUAAAAGCUGUGACAGGUUAUGUUUCUUGUGUUUUUUGUAUUUUUUUUGUUUUGUUUUACGGCGUGGGGUGUGCAGAUUUGAUGAAGUAGCACACAAACCCUUUUCAUUUCAAUAUGGUGGCAUUAAGGCACUUACAGUACAGUUGCAUAAAGUAUUUUAAAGGUCCUUUAUUGUAGAAAGUGAGGGUCCUGUGUCUUUUUUUUCCAAUUAUAAAACAGGUCUAUUGAAACAUGUGAAAGUAAAAAAAUGCAGUGAAAACAGGCAGAAGAGACAGGCACUUAGAAUGGAGUGUUCUGAAUAGACGGUGGAGGGUGAAUGGAUGAGAGAAAGACAAAAAAACCUUUAAAACAUGAAAACAUGUUCUGUUAGACACCCUGUAUAUUUGCCCCUUCCAGAGCUCCACACACUGUUAAUGCUUCUUACUGAAAGAGGACUUGAUUCAGUGGCUCAGUAAAAAGCAGCUGCUCAAAUUUUCAUUUCAAGCCUCCAGGGUGAGGUUCUGGUGACAGAGUUUUAUGACAUCAAAACAUUAGCCACCGGUGCCGCAAGUAUUCCAGCUCUCCUUCUUAGAGCAGUUCUGUUACUUUCUGCACGUCCGAGCCGCAACAAAAUAGAGACACUGGUGUUGGUGAUGUUGUCAUAGCUCGCGGUGGCGGGUAAAAAUGCCAUCAAUGGAGUGGAUGAAGUAAAUGUGAAUACAGUUUGUUUACUAAAGUGAUGAAGAUGUUCCAACCAUCUUCAAUUUAUCCGUUAUCACACUUCAGCCAUCAUAUGUGAUUUCGCAGACUAACCCACUGGGACAUUGGUUUCAUAUUGGAGGGCUCGUCUGUCCAGAGAGAAGUGACAUAAACUUGGCUCUUCUAGUCCUGAGGACUAAAUGGCAUUGCUGCUGAAAGGAGCAACUCGCAGGUGUUUUUAGCUGCAUUGCAGUGAGUUGUAGCGAGGAUCGCUCUUCCUGUGUGUGUGUGUGUGUGUGUGUGUAUGUAUGCGCGCGCACGCACGUGAGUGGUGCCUCCCCGCGCCACCUCUGUAACAGCAGAUGGCACUAUUCUUAAAGAUGUGAAAAGGGUGUCCGCGCACACACACACACACACACACACACACACUAACACACUUAUCUUAUUAAAAGAGAUAAAGUUUAAACGAGCGUCUGCUGCUCAUUUAAAUUAAUCUCUAGAGUUCUGAUUCCGCAUUCAUUACAAGUGGGGAGGGGAACGCUCUGAAAACUCCAGCCUCAGUGGUCAGAUGUGUCAUACAUUCUGUAUAUUUCCUGCGUAUGUUUACAUUUUUAUGUUUUAAUAAAGAAGUAACACAUGCACCCAUA